CGAUGCUCGGAGCUGCAGAAACAGAGGGGCUUUCUCACAUUUCCCGACCUGUCCCCGGCUGCGACCGCCGCUCUGCCGCUUCCACAACACGGCCGACAGAAAACCGAGGCGACCACCCGCUCCAGGCUCCCUCUACAGCCCCGUUUACCCCAACCAGCCCGGACCAAAACCCACCAGGAGCGGCUUGGGUCCUGUGAGAGAGCGAUGUCGUUUUGAUGACCUGCUUGGCCCCGGUUUCCUCCAGAGAUUGUUCUCCUCUCAGACAAGCGGUGCACAUUGUCGCCAGGAUAUGGUUGGAGGAUUCACGUGAUGGAUAGGUGAUGGAGUUCCCCGCCGUCCGUCUCCCCCAGUGACUCGCCCUUCUCUGCAUCUCGGGCUCAGGCACGAGGGUGUACCCGCGACCCACGACCCCUCCACUUCUUUGAAAUGGUGACAUAAGCGGCGGUGCAACAUGAGGGAACGCCAACGUGACAGCCUUCUUUCCAUGUUCAGUGGCUGCUGCAGCUGCUAUUUUCCUGCAGCUUAUUUUUAGCUCUGUAACAAUCACCUCGGCUGUGAGAAAUCCCGGCCUGCCUCGUUGUUUUUAUUCUUUUUUUAUUUUUAUUUUCCCCCUCUGCCUAUGCUGAGAGAAACUGUCCCCCAGGCGUGUUGCUGGGCCAGUAGGGCGGAGCAGUGCGGCGAGAGACGAUGCUGGGAUGCGUGACGCGCCUCCGUCGGAUGGUCCGCCUCCUUCCCCUACAGACCUCCCUGCUCCUCCUCUUCCUCUUCUGCACUGUCAGCGUCUUCAUCUUCUCCUACUUCCUCUAUGGCGUCAAGCGAGAGCCGGAGCCUUCGGCGGUGGGCAUGUCCGGACCCGACGGAGCGUCCGCAGACUCGGACUACCCGAGGGUCAUUCCUUCCCGGCUCUUGCCGGUGCGAAGCGUCCCCGGGGUAUCCGGGUUGGACCUGGGAGGGACCAGGACAGAUCCUGUGGUUCUGGUGUUUGUGGAAAGCCAAUAUUCUCAACUGGGGCAGGAGAUCGUGGCCAUCUUGGAGUCUGGUCGGUUCAAGUACCGGACUGAGAUUUCUCCCGGGAAGGGGGACAUGCCCACCCUGACUGACAAAGAAAGGGGGCGUUUUACGCUGGUGAUUUACGAGAACAUUCUUAAGUAUGUGAACUUGGACGCUUGGAACCGAGAGCUGCUGGACAAAUACUGUGUGGAGUACGGAGUCGGCAUCAUUGGCUUCUUCAAGGCCAAUGAAAACAGUCUGCUCAGCGCGCAGCUGAAAGGCUUCCCCCUCUUUCUUCACUCCAACUUGGGUUUAAAGGACUGCACCGUCAACCCCAAGUCGCCGCUCCUCUUCAUCACUCGGGCCGGCCAGACGCUGCCCGGUCCUCUCCCGGGAGACGACUGGACCGUGUUUCAGUCCAACCACUCCACAUAUGAGCCCGUUCUAAUGGCGAAGACCCAGUCGGCCGAGAGCGUGGCGUCUCUGGGGCAGAAUGCAGCCAUGCUGCCCUCUGUGGUGCAGGACCUGGGGCUUCAUGAUGGCAUCCAGAGGGUCCUGUUUGGCAAUAAUUUGAACUUUUGGUUGCACAAGCUGGUGUUUGUGGAUGCUGUGGCUUUUCUCACCGGGAAGAGGCUCUCGCUGUCUCUGGAGCGGUACCUGCUGGUGGACAUAGAUGACAUCUUUGUCGGCAAGGAGGGCACCCGCAUGAAGGUGCCUGAUGUAAAGGCCCUGCUGGAGACGCAAAGGGAGCUGCGCACCCAUGUGCCCAACUUCACCUUCAAUCUGGGCUUCUCAGGGAAAUUCUUUCACGCUGGAUCAGAUGAGGAGGACCUAGGAGAUGAUCUGCUGCUGUCCCAUGUGAAGGACUUCUGGUGGUUUCCUCACAUGUGGAGCCACAUGCAGCCUCAUUUAUUCCACAACCAGUCCGUGCUGGCCGAGCAGAUGUUGCUAAACAAGAAAUUUGCCAUGGAGCACGGGAUUCCUACGAACAUGGGCUACGCUGUGGCCCCCCACCACUCCGGGGUCUACCCUGUACAUAUGCAGCUGUACGACGCCUGGAAAAGAGUUUGGGGAAUCAAAGUGACCAGCACAGAGGAAUACCCUCACCUAAAGCCUGCUCGCUUCCGGCGAGGGUUCGUCCAUAGCGGCAUUAGCGUGUUGCCCCGGCAGACUUGUGGUCUUUUCACACACACCAUCUUCUAUAAAGACUACCCAGGCAGCCCGAACGAACUGGACAAGCUCAUCAAUGGGGGGGAACUCUUCCUCACCGUCCUGCUGAACCCUAUCAGCAUUUUCAUGACCCAUCUAUCCAACUAUGGGAACGACCGGCUUGGUCUGUACACCUUCAAAAGCUUGGUGAUGUUUGUGAAGAUGUGGACCAACCUGAAGAUGCAGACUCUGCCUCCCAUCCAGCUGGCUCAGAAGUACUUCAGCUUGUUUCCAUCGGAGAGGGAUCCUCUCUGGCAGGAUCCUUGUGAGGAUAAAAGACACAAGGACAUCUGGUCCAAAGAGAAAACAUGUGACCGCUUCCCAAAGCUGCUUGUCAUUGGGCCUCAGAAGACAGGAACGACAGCUCUCUACCUGUUCCUUGGCAUGCAUCCCGACUUGACAAGCAACUAUCCAAGCAAGGAGACGUUUGAGGAGAUCCAGUUCUUCAAUGGACACAACUAUCACCGAGGCAUUGAUUGGUAUAUGGAGUAUUUUCCUCUGCCCUCCAACACCAGUUCAGAUUACUACUUUGAGAAGAGUGCCAACUACUUUGACUCUGAAGUGGCUGCUCAGAGGGCUGCAGCUCUCCUGCCCAAAGCUAAGAUCAUCACCAUCCUCAUUAACCCAGCGGACAGAGCUUACUCCUGGUACCAGCACCAAAGAGCCCAUGAUGACCCAGUGGCCCUGAAGUACUCCUUCCAUGAUGUCAUCACCGCAGCCCGUGAUGCUCCAAUCAAACUGCGGGUGCUACAGAACCGCUGCCUGGUGCCGGGAUGGUACGCCGUCCACCUGGAGCGCUGGCUGAAUCACUACCACUCCAGCCAGCUGUUGGUUUUGGACGGACAGAUGCUGAAGACAGAGCCUGCCUCGGUCAUGGAUAAAAUCCAGAAGUUUCUUGGCCUCCCCAACGUCAUCAAUUACCACAAGAUCUUAGCGUUUGAUCCCAAGAAAGGCUUCUGGUGUCAGCUGCUGGAGGGAGGAAAGACCAAGUGUCUAGGAAAGAGUAAAGGACGCAGAUACCCUGACAUGGACCCUGAGUCUCAGGAGUUCCUCAGGGACUAUUACCGGGACCACAACAUUGAGCUAUCUAAGCUGCUCUACAGGAUGGGUCAGCCGCUACCCAGCUGGCUCAGAGAAGAACUGGUCCACACCAGGUAGCAGCACCGCUGCAGGAUGAAACCACAGCUCCACGCUCCUGAAACUCUGCUCCACCCCACAGAGCUCACAGGUCUGAGAGAGACCGGGAAGACCGUAGCCGGGCAUUGAGAUAAGAAAACGGCGUUCUGAACAUGAAGUCGAAGAUUCUCUUAGUUAAGAGCAGACUGGAUUCAGGACUGCCCUAAAACUAGAUCCUGAGGAUUUCAGUACGACUCGGUGACGCACAGCAGGGUCCUCCAGUGUUUGAUCAUCCCAGUCUCAUUAAUCAAACUAUCACCGCAUAAACUUUGUUUGCCCGAGACUGGAAAAAAAAACCUAAACAAACAAAAAAGAACUUUGGGCCAUUUUUUUUCUCCGAGUUCUGCAAACAGGUGACAGACGUAAACACUAUCACUUGUCCUGAGUGAUGAGACAUGAUGUUUGGACAGCAGUACAUGGAGCAGCACAGUGUCGAAUCAAUGAAUGGCAGCAUGAUGGACUUGUUGAUUCAAGUUACUUUUGAUAGGAGUGAAUGAGCGGUAGGUGAGGACGCGAGGAGUCCUGACUCAGGCUGCAUCUUGUAGCUUUCCUCGAAAGGCCUUGGUAGAAUCUAGUUAUUGCAUUUACAAGUGCCAGGACAGAAACUAUCGUCAAACUAUCAACCUCUUGGAUUUUUUUUAGGGUUUUUAUUUUCUUUGUUUGGAUCCGCUCCUCUUAUUUUUAUUUUUUCGUCUGAUUUUAACAUUUCUUUAGUGCUGACGGAAAUGCACAUUUGUUAGAAUGUACCAAAACUAAACCUGUUUGAGGAGUCGUUUCCACACGAGCAGGACGUGCAGCAACAUUAUGGGCCCAGCCUGCUUCGGGGUCUGCUUCACGACCACCGAGAUGUCCGAGGCGGGAUCAGCAGGACGGAAAGCACAAAGGCACUCUGGGAGGAGCGUCCACCCUGAUCGAACAGGUUAACUGGAAAGCACACUAACUUGAUGGUUCCUACUGCAAUCUGUGAAGAAGAUCAUAAGCUAACUACUGUAUGCAUGGUCCUACAGAUUGUGUACAGAAGAAAAAAAAAGUGCAUUUCAAAAUGUUAGCUUUUUUUUGUUUUUAUUUAGUUUUUAAUUUCACUUACAAUAGGAGUGUAGAUCUGGGAGGAAAAAAUAAAAACAGAC